AUACAUUCAAAGCAUUUCCCACUGAUAAGGCUUUCUCCUUUCAUCUGUCACCGGCAUGUGCCGUCGCCCGCUGAAGAGGAGAAGGCGGCUGCGGUGCUGGAGGAGCGCGGGAUGCUGUGGAGUGAAAGCAUCGUGGGAGGCAGGCUCAGAGUAAACCAGCGGGUGGUGAAACACGAAUGGCUUCUGCGGUGCUGCUUCCCGCAGAUGAGAGGAGCAAACUGCCCGAUCCUCCCGGCGUCCUUGACCGGGUGUCCAGCACGCUGCAGGUCCGCAAGACGGGCGGAUCAACAGGAGGUGCGCUCCCGGCGGAGGGCGGCUGUAACCCGGCCCGCAGCUGCCAUGGCCGGUGUCAUUCUGCGCCAAGGACGGCGCCGCGCAGGGGAGGCGCAGAGGUUAAACUCGCUCACCUCGGCGAGGAGAAAGUCCGGAUUUGUUGCGACGAGGAAUUAGAGACAUCGUUCACCUAUAUUGACGAGAAUGUUAACCUGCGACUGGCCAGCCCGGACACGAGUUGUACAAGUACUCACAGACCCGUGCGCAACGGCGAACCUUGCUCCGAGACUUUGCCGGAGUUUUCCUUCAUGUCCGAGGACGAUCUCUCCUUCGGGGAUGGCCCCGGUACUUCCAUAGACUACGGCUUUAUCAGCGCAGUCACGUUCUUGGUGACCGGGAUCUCCUUGGUGAUCAUCUCCUACGCCGUGCCACGGGGCGUGGAGGUGGACCGGGACAGCGUGUCGGCGAGGGAGAUGGAGAGGCUGGAGAUGGAGAGCGCCCGGAUAGGUGCCCAUCUGGACCGGUGCGUCAUAGCGGGACUGUGCCUGCUCACGCUGGGCGGCGUGGUGCUCUCCAUGCUGCUGAUGAUCUCCAUGUGGAAGGGGGAGAUGUACAGGAGGAAGGUCGUCGCUUAUUCCAAGCGUUCAGCCAAGCUGUACGGCUCCAUCAGUCUGAAAACGAGAUCCAGUCCCAGCCACUCCUCUGCGCACUUGUCCCUGGAGGAGGUCAUGGAGGAGACUUUGGCUUAAAAUGCUGCUCUGUGUAUGAACCUUUUGUGUAUAACAGGGGUUAAUGCCAGUCACACACAUCAUCUAACAUAUUGUAGCCUGAAACUGUAUUCAUACAUUCAAAGUGUAUUACUGUAAAUUGCUAAUUGUAUAUCCACGUGGCACACGGAAAGGACAAGAAACGCCCUCAAAUGCAAAGUGAGGAAAUGCUAGAAAAACAUUAUGUGGCAACACAUUGUGCCCAACAGAUUUUAAAAUGACAUAAAAGUGACGAGGGAGAAUGUUAAGAGCUUUGUGUCACAAACACCAGAUUACUGUUUUUUUCCCCCUUUCUUUUGUCUUUUGUACCCAGGAUGCAAUCUCUGAGAGCUCCCAUUUAUUAUUGAGGUUAUUCAUAUUUAAUGCGAAUGCCUCAGACACAUUUAAGGAUGCAAGAGGAGUGUGUGUCCGCAGGGGCAGGAGAGUGGGACUAAGGAAGGGGAUGUAAAGCUGUCCCUGUCCGCCGUGAUGUGGGACAACCGGCUCAUGGGUCCACAUGGUAAUAUCCAGUGACAGCCGGUCUGGUGCAGUGCUGAUGUAAGGCCCGGCUUCGUGCACCCGAGCCAAAGCUCCGAGCCGGUUUUGAUUGUAGUAAGAAAUGUGACUGCAUUGGACAGCGCUCACACACGGUUCAACCUCCUCUGCGCUGGCUUGAUCCUCUCUGCCCUUCUUCUCUUUCCUUCCUUCACCUUCUUCUCUCUCUCCCCGCAGGAUACUUUUCUUCCUCCAUGCAGUUUUUCAGCGCUCUCCUCUCCCUGACCUAUAGAACACUGCACAUUCACACCAGCCGCGUGUGGAAAGGGUCCGGGACGACCACAGCCAAGUGCCUGUAAUAUUUCCCUCACCUUUCCUGCUCUCAUUGUGUCAUUCUCUCUGCAUGAGGACAGAUUUAAGAACGCCUAAUCGCACAUGAAAGAGUUGCCCUACAUCCAAAACCUUAAGCCUUCACUAUACUUCAAGGGCUAAUUACAUGCCCAAACUGAGGUAUUGUUCCUUUUUCAAAAAGGUUAGACUUUAUGUUAUUAUGGUGAUCUGCUGACAAAAAUAUUGCUGAUGACGUAAAAAAAAAAAAUCGUGUGCAGACUUGCUUAAGAUGUCCAGGCGAGACAG